AUGUUUAGCAGUAACGCGAAGAAACCUGUCAUCAAAAAGAAGACCGUCCUUGUUCCCUUGAGCAAGACACCCACACUUACACCGAAACCCUCGAACGGAACUGCUGCUGCUCGACCUCGCGACCCCAAUCGCUUCGCGCUCUCCUCCACAGCUGCAUCGCGGCUCAAGCGACCAUCGAAGACUGUUCCCGCGCGAGCACUCGCUUCUGCUCGAGGCGUGAAGAGGAAGAGCGCGAGUCCUGGUAACCAGUUCAGCGACGAGUCGGAUGGCGACAAUGAUAGCAGCGAUAUCGGGGCCAGCGAUUCAGAUGCGUCGCGAAAGCGAAUCAAGAGCAGUCGCAGUUCUGUGAGCUCUUUGAGUGGACCACGGAGGGAUCUUGUGCUGCCUGCAGCAUUUGGACAGGAUGCGAAAAAGCUGAAGCUCAUUCAUGGCGCAGAUGCGACGUCGGGCAGAUAUCAGACCAAGUACAAGAAUGCGUGGGCAGAAGUUGCAAAGACAUGCGAGUUGCAAUAUCCGAGCAAGUUCCCGCCAGAACGAUUUCAGCUGAAGCUUCCAACCACUUCGGACGAUUACAGGCCCAUGGAGGAUAUCGAGACCACGAUUGAGACGGUUGUGAAAUACUAUUUGCCUUAUGAGUUAGGCGCAAAGUACUUGGAGGGUGAACAGAGCUUCCAGAGCCGAUUCAACAAAGCAAAAGCACGCGAGGAUAUCCGAGAAUGGCUGCACGUGAUCGAGGACUUUAAUGCUGUGGUAAAGCCGCUCGUGGAAGACGGCACGGUAGAACGCGAGCUUCGGAAUCAGGGAAGCCUGCACCUGAACUGGAUCAAGCGUCUGCUCACGCAGAUCUAUGUGCGGGUAGUCUCGCCAAACGUGAGCGAGCUCAGCAAGUACGAGGCUGGAUCUGAUUACGUCUACGGAGAGCUUCUCCCGCGAUUCGUGACAGACAUCUUCCACCAGACUGGUCUGAACCAUGAGCAGAUAUUCGUCGAUCUGGGCUCGGGAGUCGGUAAUGUCGCCUUACAAGCUGCCCUCGAAAUCGGCUGUGAGAGCUGGGGCAUUGAGAUGCUGCCCGGUCCUUCUGCUCUUGCAGAAUUGCAAGCCAAGGAGUUUAAAGCCCGCACUCAAUUAUGGGGUCUGAAUGUCGGCUCUGUCAAUCUGUUGUCAGGCGACAUGACGAACCACAGCGAGAUUCCGCCACUCCUGCGUUGUGCGGACGUAGUAUUGGUCAACAACCAAGCCUUCACGCCCGAGCUCAACGAAAAGCUGCGAACACUCUUCCUCGAACUUAAGGAAGGCGCUAAGGUCGUCAGUCUGAAGCCAUUCGUCGCGGACGGUCAUAAAAUCACGGAACGCAAUCUUUAUAGUAUUGAGAACCGUUUCGUGCAGACGAAGCAGAUGUAUUAUACCGAUAGUGUCAGCUGGAGCUGGCAGGCACUCUCCUUCCAAUUCCAUGCUAACGAGACGAAGCCUCCCAAGCGAAAGACACCCGCGAAAUCUUCCGCGCCAGCAGCACCCAAGGCUCGCCGGUCGAAACUCGCCAAAGAAAACGACAUAUCCGCCGAAGAGGAGGCCGAGAUCGCAGAAGCCUUCUCCCUCUUCAGCACACCAACCGAUACCAAGAACGGCGACAUCGCCACGUCUGAAAUCAGAAGAUGUCUCGUAGCCCUAAACUGUCCUCCACGCGACCAGAGCGAGAUGAACGAGAUUCUAGAUACGAUCGACCCUGAGAAGACGGGACGAGUGGAAUAUGAGCUCUUCGUGGCUAUUGCUGCUAUGAAGCUCCGGGCACGAGAUGAUGGGGAUCCAGAGGCGAGGAACGAGGAGGUGGAGAGGGCGUAUAGGCUGUUUACGAGGGAGGAGGAGAGGGAGAUUAGUUUGCAGGAUUUGAGAAGGGUGGCGAGGGAGUUGAGGGAGGAGGUGCCGGAGCAGGUGUUGAAGGAUAUGGUUAGGGAGGCUACUGGUGGUGGGUUGGGUGGUGUGGGGAGGGAGGAGUUUGAGGGGGUGAUGAGGAGGGCUGGUGUCUUCGGUUGA